UUCACCACCCACCACCGAUGACACCAUGAUGGCGGAGCAGCAGCAACAACAACCACCCCCUCCAUUACCAACGAGGCCAAUUCGGAAAUUAGUAGUGGAGGUUGCAGACGCGCGUGACCUGCUUCCGAAGGAUGGAUUAGGCAGUUCCAGCGCUUAUGUAGUUGCAGACUUUGACGGCCAGAAGAAGAAGACAUCCACUAUUUCUAGGAGCUUGAAUCCCGUAUGGAACGAGAGCUUGGAAUUUGUAGUCUCCGAUCCGAGCACCAUGGAAUACGAGGAGUUAGAGAUAGAGGUGUUCAACGACAAAAGACUGAGCAAUGGCAGUAAUCGGAAGAAUCAUUUUCUGGGGCGAGUGAAAUUGUACGGAAGUCAGUUCGCUAGGAAGGGAGAUGAAGGUUUGAUCUAUUUUCAAUUGGAGAAGAAGAGUGUUUUUAGUUGGAUUAGAGGAGAGAUUGGUUUGAGGAUAUACUACUACGAUGAUGUCGAAGUAGCCGUCGAUCAGGAGAUGAAUAACGACAAUGCUCAACCACCACCGUCUGAGAAGGAGGCGCCACCGCAACCGCAGCAGGAAGGGAAGGAGGUAAGAGUUUUGGAGGUUCCAGUUCCGACAGAGGCUGUCACGGAAAAUUUACAUUCACCGCCAAUGGCUACAAUGGAGGAAGCUCCACCGGGAGUGACAGUGAGGAUGGAAAAUCAUCAUCACCAGCAGCAUCAGAAUCAAGGGAUUCCACCUCCAGUUCAGCCGGAAUAUCCGCCGGAAAUGAGGAGAAUGCAGACAGGGAGAGUCGGAGUAGCAAUUGGAGGCUGCGAGAGAGUUAGAGUUUUAAAACGUCCCGAUAAUGGAGAUUACUCGCCGCGAGUCAUACCGAGACGAUCCGCGAACGGAGAAUCUGAGAGAAUUCCGGCCUAUGAUUUGGUCGAGCCGAUGCAAUACUUGUUCGUAAGGAUCGUCAAGGCUCGUGAACUCUCACAGAACGAAAGCCCCUAUGUAAGAAUCGGUAAUUCCGUCCGGUCAAAGCCAGGGAUUCCAAGACCAGGUGAACCACCUUCGAAUCCAGAGUGGCACCAGGUCUUUGCUCUCGCCUACAACAAGCCGGAAUCUGCCAACUCCUCGACGCUCGAGAUCUCAGUGUGGGACGCACAAUCGGAGAAUUUCCUCGGCGGUGUGUGCUUCGAUCUCUCCGACGUUCCCGUUCGUGAUCCCCCUGACAGUCCACUUGCUCCUCAAUGGUAUCGGCUCGAAGGCAGCGAUGAUCCUAACGCCGCCGGAAAAGUUUCCGGGGACAUACAACUCUCUGUUUGGAUUGGAACUCAAGCUGACGACGCAUUCCCUGAAUCAUGGAGCUCAGACGCACCAUAUGUUUCGCAUACUAGAUCAAAGGUCUACCAAUCGCCUAAACUGUGGUACCUUAGAGUUACAAUCAUGGAAGCUCAGGAUCUCCAGAUUGCCCCAAAUCUUCCUCCAUUAACAGCACCAGAGGUUCGAGUUAAAGCACAGCUAGGGUUUCAGUCCGUGAGGACAAGGAGAGGGGUAAUGAACAACCACACGGCGUCGUUUUUCUGGCAUGAGGACCUGGUAUUUGUCGCCGGCGAGCCACUGGAAGACAGUUUGAUCUUACUGUUAGAGGACCGAACAGGGAAGGAUCCAGUGCUGCUUGGACAUGUCUUGAUCCCUGUAGCUGCAAUUGAGCACCGAAUAGAUGAACGCCACGUUGCAGCAAGGUGGUUGUCGUUAGAGGGUGGUCCGGGAGGUUCCUAUUGUGGUAGAAUUCACUUACGAAUGUGCUUGGAAGGCGGGUAUCACGUGCUGGACGAGGCAGCGCACGUGUGCAGUGACUUCCGACCGACUGCAAAGCAACUGUGGAAGCCGGCAAUCGGGAUUUUAGAGCUCGGCAUCCUCGGUGCUCGUGGGCUACUUCCGAUGAAAUCCCGGGGCAGUGGCAAAGGUUCCACCGAUCCGUAUUGUGUUGCAAAGUAUGGAAAGAAAUGGGUGCGAACCCGGACCAUCACCGAUAGUUUUGAUCCACGGUGGAACGAACAGUACACGUGGCAGGUUUAUGACCCGUGCACGGUUCUAACCAUAGGGGUGUUUGACAAUUGGCGUAUGUUUGCGGACAUGGCAGAAGAAAAACCCGACUUCCGGAUCGGAAAAGUCCGAAUACGAGUAUCUACAUUAGAGAGUAACAAGGUAUACACCAAUUCAUAUCCUUUGUUAGUUUUACAACGAACUGGGUUGAAGAAAAUGGGAGAAAUUGAGGUGGCAGUUCGAUUCGCUUGCCCGUCGUUGCUGCCUGACACAUGUGCGGUUUACGGGCAACCUUUGCUUCCACGAAUGCACUAUUUGCGUCCACUAGGAGUGGCCCAACAAGAGGCAUUACGUGGGGCGGCCACAAAAAUGGUGGCGGCUUGGCUAGCAAGGUCAGAGCCGCCACUAGGUUCAGAGGUGGUUCGUUACAUGUUAGAUGCAGAUUCCCAUACUUGGAGCAUGAGAAAGAGUAAAGCGAAUUGGUUUCGAAUUGUGGGUGUACUCGCAUGGGCGAUCGGGUUGGCGAAAUGGUUAGACAACAUUAGGAGGUGGAAGAACCCGGUUACAACAGUUCUAGUCCAUUUGCUAUAUUUGGUUCUCGUUUGGUACCCAGAUUUAAUAGUCCCAACUACAUUUUUAUACGUAUGUCUUAUCGGAAUCUGGUACUACAGAUUCCGACCAAAAUCACCUGCAGGUAUGGACAUCCGCCUCUCUCAAGCAGAAACUGUUGAUCCAGAAGACUUAGAUGAGGAAUUCGACACGUUUCCAAGUUCAAGACCUCCAGAGCUAAUCCGUGCCCGGUAUGACCGAUUAAGAAUGUUGGCAGCUCGGGUCCAAACCGUGCUUGGUGAUUUUGCAACACAAGGGGAGAGGGUCCAAGCCUUGGUGAGCUGGAGGGAUCCAAGAGCUACGAAACUGUUCAUUGGGGUGUGUCUUAUAAUCACGGUGGUAUUGUACGUUGUGCCAUCGAAGAUGGCAGCGGUGGCUCUCGGAUUCUACUUUCUACGCCACCCGAUGUUUAGGGAACCAAUGCCGCCGGGCAGCCUGAAUUUCUUUAGAAGGCUUCCAAGUUUAUCGGAUAGGCUAAUGUAGUGUUGAGAGGUACACAAAUAAGGCUUGGUUUAGAGUACAUUUGCCCCAAAUUGGGUGCUCCAAAUUUUCAAUGUUUUGCGAUGAAAAUAUGUUGAGCUCAAUAAGCCCUUACAUUUACU